AUGGGAGGGCCCUACUGGAGAACCAAGCUCAAAUACAAGCCGAUGAUUCAUUACUCCGAUAUUCAACUCAUCAAAUUCGAGUCAUCGAGGAAUUCAUCUGGGGCGAUGGCACUCCUUGUGCGCGAGAUCGACUGCUUUCAGAGAAUCUCACAGGCUUCUCCCGGUCUAGCAAAUAGAAGGGCAGCUUUACAAGUCCUAGCGCUUAAAGGCUAUGUUGAGUACCCGGGAAAUGGGGUCAUCCUGGGGCUUUUACAGGAGUGGAUACCCUCCGAAUACAAACUCCGGGAUCUCGAGAAGACCAUAAGUCAGGAUCUAGAUGCUCUACAGGAACUGCGGGGGAAACGAGCAGGCAAAAUCAGGGAGACGAUUCAAACCCUACAUACCUUGGGAGGAAUCUGGGGUGAUGCAAAGCCAAGCAACAUCAUCAUCGAUCUGAAUGACGAUGCGUGGAUAAUCGACUUCGGUGGCGACUGGACAGAUGGUGGGGUGGAUGAAGAUUUACAAGAGACAAUUGAAAGUGACAAACAAGGCGUUGCGAGGAUACUCAAGCUCUUGGACGUUGAUGCUUAG